GCAGGAUGUAGCGGUACAUGUAUCUGGCUCACCUCACAUCAAUCCAGCCAUCAGAAGUCCUUCUCUCUUUUUAUAUCGACGCGGGGAGUCUGGUUUGGGGGAUGGGUGUUGUAAGGAUCGUCAGCAGAGACGACUAACGUUUGAAAAAUGUCCAAUAUCCUCGAUGCGGCGUCCAAAGUGAAAUGGGACCGCACGGCUGCUGCGAAGCGAGCCGUGUUUCUUGCGGCUGCUGCUUACGGUGUCAAAACACUGUACCCCAUCAUCUGCAAUCAGCUCAGCAAAAACAAAGAUCCCAGGAAUAAUGGCCGGGUUUCAAAGGCGGAGAAUGGCUCUACUUGUUCGGGAAAAACACAGACAGAUGCUGUGGAUCACAGGAAGGCAUCCCCGGGUGUAAAUGCACAAUUUUUCAAGCAGAUCCUCGAACUUGGUAAAAUCCUCUUCCCCAAGCUUGUAUCCAAAGAGCUCGGUUUGCUCUCCUUGCACUCGGUGGCGCUGAUAUCCAGGACGUUUCUGUCUAUAUACGUGGCGAGCUUGGACGGCAAGAUUGUCAAAACGAUCGUGGAAAAGGAACCCAAGAGCUUCAUCAUCCAGCUGAUCAAAUGGCUCCUCAUUGCCAUCCCUGCCACGUUCGUCAACAGCGCCAUCCGGUACCUGGAGUGCAAACUGGCUCUGGCCUUCCGCACCCGCCUGGUGAACCAUGCCUACCGGACCUACUUCACCGACCAGACCUAUUACAAAGUUAGCAACAUGGACGGGAGACUCGCCAACCCGGACCAGUCUCUCACUGAAGAUGUGAUGAUGUUUUCCCAGUCGGUGGCUCAUCUCUAUUCUAACCUCACCAAGCCUAUUCUGGAUGUGAUGCUGACCUCUUACACGCUGAUCCAGACUGCCAGGUCCAGAGGGGCCAACGCCUCCGGGCCGACCCUGCUGGCCGGGCUGGUGGUCUUUGUCACGGCGAAGGUCCUGCGUGCCUGCUCGCCCAAGUUUGGCAAGCUGGUGGCCGAGGAGGCUCACAGGAAGGGCUACCUGCGCUACGUGCACUCCAGGAUCAUUGCAAAUGCUGAGGAAAUAGCUUUCUACAGGGGACACAAGGUGGAGAUGCGUCAGCUGCAGAAGUGCUACCGGGCUCUGGCGGAGCAGAUGAACCUGAUCCUGUCCAAGCGUCUCUGGUACAUCAUGAUCGAGCAGUUCCUCAUGAAGUACGUGUGGAGCGGCAGCGGGCUCGUCAUGGUGGCCGUGCCCAUCAUCACGGCCACCGGCUUCGCUGACAACGAAACAGCAGAUGGUCAGACGCAGGUGAUGGUGAGCGAGAGGACGGAGGCUUUCACCACCGCCCGCAACCUCCUGGCCUCAGGUGCCGACGCCAUCGAAAGGAUCAUGUCCUCCUACAAAGAGGUCACCGAGUUGGCAGGCUACACUGCACGGGUCCACAACAUGUUUGAAGUGUUCGAGGACGUUCAGAGGGGUGUUUACAAGCGCUCCUCUCUAUCAGCCACAACAGGAGCAGAGAAGAAGAGCAAGCCUGAGAUGCACAUAGAUGGACCACUAGAGAUAAAGGGUGAAGUUAUAGAUGUGGACAAAGGCAUCGUGUGUGAAAACGUACCAAUAAUCACACCCAAUGGGGACGUAGUAGUGUCAUGCUUGAAUUUUAAGGUAGAGGAGGGGAUGCACUUAUUAAUCACGGGGCCGAAUGGCUGUGGGAAAAGCUCUCUGUUCAGGAUCCUCAGCGGCCUGUGGCCUGUUUACGGCGGCCGACUACACAAACCCUCUCCUCAAUAUAUGUUCUACAUCCCCCAGAGGCCCUACAUGUCCAUGGGUUCACUGCGGGACCAGGUGAUCUACCCAGACUCUGCGGAGGACAUGGCCGCCAGAGGCAUGCGUGACAAGGACCUGGAGGCCAUCUUGGACAUAGUCAACCUCAACCAUAUUGUCACCAGAGAGGGAGGCUGGGAUACCGAGCUGGACUGGAAGGACGUGCUGUCGGGAGGCGAGAAGCAGAGGAUGGGCAUGGCUCGCAUGUUUUACCACAAGCCUAAAUAUGCCCUGUUGGACGAGUGCACCAGUGCUGUGAGCAUUGACGUGGAGGGAAAGAUUUUCCAGGCUGCCAAGGACGCCGGCAUCUCUCUGCUCUCCAUCACACACAGACCUUCCCUGUGGAAGUACCACACCCACCUGCUGCAGUUCGACGGGGAGGGAGGCUGGCGCUUCGAGCAGCUGGACACGGCAACGCGCCUCACCCUCACCGAGGAGAAGCAGCGGCUGGAGGCCCAGCUGGCCGGCAUUCCCGAGAUGCAGCAUCGCCUCAACGAGCUCUGCAAGAUCCUGGGAGACGACUCUGUCCUCAAAACUGCCGAGGAGUAAGAGAGAGAGAGAGAGAGAGAGAGAGACAGACGGGGGAGGGAGGGAGGGAGGGAAGAGGCCCAGAGGGGGAAAGAGACAAGUGGGAAAGAGCAGAGAAGAGGUGGGGGAAAGAGUGUGGGAGACGGAAGAGGCAAUGAAAGAAAAAAGAAAUCCGGAGGGGGUUUGUUAGUAUUUUUUCAGGCUUUUUUAAAAAAUUUUUUUUUAGCUUGUGUAGAUUUUUUUUCUUUUGCUCCGAGCCUCUUCCGUUAAAGCAGGAGAGCUUUUAAUGCCAACUAGUCUUUCAGCUCUCCUCUCUCCUCUCCCUCUUCUUUUAAUCGUCACUUUGCCCUGCUGCACUCUUCAGAGGUGGAGGGGGAGCAUGAAGUGGAUUCACAAGUAUCCUCCCCCCCACCCCCGCUUGCAGAUCGACUGCAUACUCAGCUGUAGAUUUUAAUGUUUGAUUUUAGCUCAUUAUAUCAACUUUGAGAUCGUUCUGCCACAGUUUCAAAGUGGCAGAAAUCUAAAUUAACCAAGAGAACGAAUUUGUUAGUUUGUUUUAUAGCACUUUACUCUGCUUCUAGGGGGCUGUUUCUGUUUGUCAUGCUAGCUCACAGUGAUAGCUGCAUUCUAGCUGGAAAACUUUUAAUAUAAAACCGCUAACCGAUGCCCCAAACAGUAUUCCAAACCCAGUCUGCUGGGCUCUGCAGGAUCCACUUUUGUUUUUACCUCCAUAAUUCAGCAGUAGAUUUGAGCUUUUACUGAACUUAACAUGACCUCUUUGUUUGGAAAGGUCAAAAGAGACUAUUUUUCACAAUAUGCCUUUGCUUGGUUUGUGUAUAUAGUAGUAGUACAAUCCCUUUCUUUAUACCUCAUCUUAACCCAUUUUAGGUUAUGGCAGACCCUUAAACCACUGGUACAGGCUCAGUUUCAGACUUACACAAGGCUAGCAGAAAAAAAAGAGCCAGAGGUCUAUUAUUAGAGCAAUUAGUGACGCAGGUCUGACCCCAAAACUAUAGGUUUCUGGUUUAUUGAACAAAUACAAUGAGCUGAAGAGGCCCUCUUCAAAGGAAGAGGAGCAGGAACAAGCCGGUAGUCUGGUAUGGUCUGUGAACAGUCACACGUAUAAAGUAUACUGCACAUGGGCGAGCAGGUAGCCAGGUAGGUAAGACAGUGUAACUGUCAGAUACAUGUACACACUCAGUGGCCGCCUGUCGAAGCCCCCCCCCCCCCCCCCCCAAGUUGUGUUGACACAAAACACACUCGUGUGUCUGCUGCGUGUCAGGUGCCUGCUUGGACUCUGCUACGUCAGCAGUGCUGCUCCUGUUUAGAUGCAUGAAGGUACUGGACAAUGAGCUCAUACCCUCUGUCAAUUAGCAGCUUAUGCAGUGACAGGAGAUUUCAUAUACAUUUAUUAAUGACGUAAGAAAUGCUUUAUUUCUUACCCUUCUGCAAUUGAGGCUGAUAAUCAUUUAAUAUCAAGUGUGUGUUUCAGAUUAAAUUCAACAUAUGAUUAUGUUAUACUAUAUGAGGCCUUAUUGGGUUCUACCUAAUUUGCAUAUUUCAUAAUUGGGCUCAUGCACAGUAGUAGAAAGCUUAGAGGUCAGACUUAUUUAUAGAUUGAAGACUUGUGGCUCAAAGACACUUCAGCAGGUUGUUCGUCUCUCGACUAAUGGCUGCCCCGAGGUCCUGGUGGUUUUCCAGUUGCUGUCAAAGUUAAGAUUGUUUUUCCUCAUUUAGCCUCCAUGUUUGUUACCAGCAACUUACCUGAAGUUGUGAUACUGUGAAAAUAGUGAUUUGUUAUGCUAAUAUCAUGUUUUUGUUCUUAUGGAAAAACACUGUGGUGAUUCUAAACUGUGGCAGUGGCUGCUUAUGUUUAUAGGGUGUUAUUUGUUUUCUUUGUGUGGUUCAGACCUGUGUACAUGCUCGCCGUGUCCUGCACAAAGAGGCUGAGGAGCAGUGAACCAGGCUGACUUUUGCCCCUCGGUUAAACAGGAUAGGAGAUCAUGUGUUCCCACUGUGGCAUUCAUUUACAAUAUAGCCUUCAGAUUUCACCAUAGACACAUGAAGUUUUAUACGUGGCCUCAUUCGCCCUGGGCCUCAGGUUUUGCCAAGUGACACAAAAUGUCAGCAUAUUUUAAUGGCAGAAAAAACAACCAGAGACAUUAUUUCAUUCUGUAAAAAAAAUAAAAAAUGAAAAAAUAAAUGUGGUGACCCACAUUGGAAACAUGGCUAUAGUGAAAUCUGUUUGUAUUUUGUACGAAUGGUCCAGAUGUUGCACAAACAGGGGGAACACAGGACUUCGUCUUACUCUCACACUGUACUGCAUACAGGACUUGAGUGACUAGCGCAGUGUGAUAAUAUUAAGUCAUCUCACUGGUUAAUAAGCCACUGUUUUGUUAACUAUUUUGGACACCGACAUAACAAUGUCGGUGUUGACUUCUUGUUGAAGAGAAUGGACAAUCAGUCGCAUCAUCAGCAGAAUACAAACAACACCAUGGCUUGUUAUUAUCAUUCAAACAAAUGGGCAAAUGAGUGCUAAUUUUAGGUCUAUAACUACACCUGCAUUAUCUAAUUUGGUAUGGAACUUACUAUGUAUGUUGUUUCUUAUGCAUGUCAAAGUUUAAUGACUCCCUCAGGCCUUUUUCUUCAGCCUGAGCUCCGACUGAACCCAAGAUGUCUACAAGUGCCACAUCUUUCCUCCAUUGAGAUUUUAAACCUUUGAAACCUCCUUCUUUGGCUUUUAGUGGACAGUUCAAGAAAAGGAUUAUAGAGCAUUUGAAUGCAGCCUUGGUCCGCUCAGGAGGAUGGCUGCCAGGUUACCAAAGGACAAACUUCGGUUUUUGUUCUCCCCUAAAUGUGACUGAGGAAGAAAGACAAUGACUGAAACGUUCUUUUAAUAUCUAAAGGAAUGAUAACUGUUAUGCUCUGUGAUGGCCUUGUAAUACUAAAUAAUAAUUAUGCUUUCAUUUGGUACACAUGGGCAUUACUGUAGGUCUUCAAAAUGGCAUGGCAAGCCUUUUAAACAGCAUUACACACAUGAGUUUCUGACCUGAAAUACAUAAUCUUUCCGUGUCCUCCGUCAGACUCUGUUGACAGGAGGGCAGACGAGCCGCUGAAUGACACAGAGUCUGCGACGUGACACUGGAACAUGAGUAGUAGUGCCUGAAAUAAGUAGGCGCGAUCGAUAGGCAGUAAUUAGGCAUUUUUUCAUCUGGGAGAAGCCACGAUGAGGUGCCUUCUCGUUAGCAGGCCCCCGGCACAGAUCUUACGUUUCUUCAGGGAAGAUCAGGCAAAAGGGUGGACAGUGGGUGCUGCACCCUUAUCCAUGGGUGAGGUAGUAGGAGACAACUGCUAUACUAUAUCACAUAACAUGGCACCUCAUCAUUUUUUUUUUUUUUUUUUAGUAAAUAUAGCUUACCAGUGAGAUGAGGCCCACUGUGGCCUACUACACUGUAUGACCCUGCUUUAUACAAUGAUGACAUCCUUACUAACGAAACUUUGACACUGAAACGUUCAUCCUAUCAUCCCUUCUGUCAGUAAGAGAUUGAAUGUAUCCAACAUGUAUGAUAAAGUAAAUCCUAAGGUUACGAAGACAAUGAAUACAUGUGGUCUGGUCAUACACGUUUCUGUCAUGGUUUGACGGUUGAGGAUUUUAUAAUUGUGUUUAUAGUGCAUGUAAUGUUAUUUUAUUAGAGCCACUUUAGGGUUUUUAAAGUGGGAUUUGCUGUACAUGUGGUGUGUGAAGUGGGAUUAUGGGAAAGGAAAAAUGCUCAGUGAAAGGUUGAGAGUUUUCGAGACUGUCCCGGAAAAAACACAGAAACAACAUGCAGUGAUUCUCCCUCAAAGGCAGGGGCUUCUACAGUUUGGACUCCUAAUCCAUAGUUACUUUAAACGGAGCUCUGUUUGCAAUCAAAACUCAGUUACAUAUAACGAUUUUAUAUUUUGAAUUCCUGUAACAUUAUCCCAGACCUCCUUCAUUGAAAUCUCAUCGUGCAUGUGUAGGAAUCUGUAUUCUUUAACCUUAGAAUCAAGGGAGGUACAUCGACAUAAAGGUCAUCUGUUUUGAAAAUCAUGUGCUAAGGUCACUUUAAGUUGAAAGAUGAAGAUGUAUUUUCUUGUAAAUAAAACAAUACAUUGCAACCUUUAA